AAAGCAUCCCUCAUAUCUACCUUUCGGCAUUACCGUUUUCUCCUAUCGAGUCUUUCCUUCGUCAAGGGGGUCAUAAGCUAUGCCCAAAUCUAUUAUCGGUGGUAAGGGGCUGCUCUGAGACGUGGCCUAAACCACCACAGGUGUGGCAAGGCCACUCCAGCAGUGUCAGCUCUGUAGCAUUUUCUUCAGACGGACAUCGAAUCGCGUCCGGUUCUUACGACAAUACGAUCAGGUUAUGGGACACAGAGACGGGGCAGGGCAUAGGAGAACCCCUUCGAGGUCACACCGAUUUCGUUACCUCAGUGGCAUUUUCCCCCAGUCAUCAAAUGAUUUCUGGCUCCCGUGACGGUACAAUCCGGCUAUGGGAUACAGAGACAGGCCAAGCAAUUGGGGAGCCAUUACAGGGUCACACUGACGCCGUAAAUUCGGUGGCAUUUUCUCAUGAUGGCACCCAAAUCGCAUCUUGUUCACGCGAUCAUACAGUUAGACUAUGGGAUGCAGAGACUAAUCAGCCAACAGGAGAACCGCUCCGGGGUCAUACUAAUUGGGUCAACUCGGUUGUGUUUUCUCCCAAUGGUCGUCUAAUAGCUUCUGCUUCAGUGGACAAGACCAUCAAACUUUGGGAUACAGAAACUGGCCAGACGAUAGGGCAGCCGCUUGAGGGCCAUACUAACUCGAUUACCUCGGUAACCUUUUCACCUGAUGGUUCUCGGGUUGUAUCCGGCUCAACUGAUAAAAUGAUUCGAGUAUGGGAUGUAGCGACCUCUGAUCCGAUAGGAGAGCCACUUCGAGGCCAUACCAACUGGGUCAACUCGGUGGCAUUCUCUCCUGAUGGGAAGCGAAUUGCGUCAGGCUCAUCAGAUGAGACGAUUAUAUUAUGGGACGUGGAAAUGGGCGAAGCGAUAGGAGAGCCACUUAGAGGCCAUAGCAGCUCUGUUCACACA